UCAAACCAUUUGCUCUGAAUUAAACGGCAAACAUUUUACAAUGUCUGAUCCAAAGCAAGGAAAAGGAGGAUAUCCACCACUUGCAGGAAACACAAGGAGUAAUCCACCUCCCCCUCCCCACCCACCACCCCCACCCCCAACAAAGGACACAUGUGAUGCCAGUAAUUCUAAAAAGAGAUAUGCUUCAGGCCCUUUACAAAGAACUGGUAGACUAAUCUUGAAGAGAGCGAAUUGUAACUUUUCAUAUGAAACAAGUAACAACUAGAAAUAACUGUGGAGUAACUUAGGAGUGUCAAGAUUUAAUUUGUGAUCGGUACAUUGUAAAUGUAUUUGUG